AUGUUCCUCUUCGCCCAAAAACACAAGACCCCCAUCAGCACCUACACCGACUCCUACCGGCCACCGUGCACCUUGAAGAAGUUGAUCCAUGACAAGGCCCCGCUGCAGCUAUGGAAAGAAAACAAAUUUGUGACCCAGGGAUUAACGAUGCCCCAGGAGCAAAAUCCAGCAAGCCAAGGUCAGCCCGAGAAGCUGAUUAAGGCAGUGAUGCAGGAGUACUUGUACAGGAACACCAUCGACCCCACCGCCUACUGGCCCGAAAAGUACUGGCUGACCAGGCCUGAAGAGAAGUACAACCCGAUUUUUGUCAACGAGGACAAAUACAUCACCUGGAGAGCAGGUCCCUACAACAGUGCAGCCUGGAACAAGUACAGCACCUACCUCCCCCUUCCACCCAAGGAGAAGAAAAUGGAGACCUACCUGCGCAGCAUACCUGUGCCAUACCCUCCGAAACCCGCCUGCCUCAACCAAUACGAGCGGGAGGUGGUUGCUGACAUGCUGCGCAGGCUGUCGCGGCUCUCGCCACCGUCCCUGCAGCCCAUGUACACCACGUCAGGGAGGAGACCCUUCCAGGGCUACUACAGCCCCUGCUCCGGGCACCACUACUGCCUGCGAGGGAUGGACUACUACGUCGAUGGGGACACUGCCAUCAGGAGGCAUCUCAACACGCUAGCAGAGAGGACUGUAAGGAGCAUCCCAUGCUGCAGUUACAGCCCCACAGCAACACUCUGUGUACCUUCACAUCACCCCCAGCCAUCGUACCCAUACACGAACUCUAGGUGGGACACGAGCCACUUCAAGAGGAUAGGAGGAGUCCAGCCAGGCAGCUACGCCAUCCACCCUGAGUUUUCCUCAGAGGCUUACUCUGCCCACGAGUGCUGGUGA